AUGACCCCUUCUCAUUGUAUCACAUUGCAGACAUACUCCGGGCUUUUUUGUGUUGUUGUCAAUCCGUACAAACGACUCCCUAUCUAUACCGAUUCCAUCGCGGAACAAUACAAGGGAAAGAAGAGAAAAGAGAUGCCACCUCAUAUUUUCGCCGUCACUGACGAAGCGUACCGCAGGGUGAAUCAGGCGCUGGGUAAAUACGGUCAGAAACACAGAAGAAGGUGUAUCAAUAUCUUGCUCACGUGGCUGCACCUAGGUCAAGCAACAAUAAGCGUGUUGGAAACAACAACGGCCAGCCCAGUUCAGAUCAAUCACGACUUGUGGGUCGUCUGGAAGAGCAGCUCCUGCAAGCGAAUCCUAUCUUGGAAGCUUUCGGAAAUAGCAAAACAAUCAAGAACGACAAUUCGUCACGUUUCGGGAAAUUCAUCAGAGUUCAUUUCGACGCGGCUGGCGCGAUCGAUCGAGUUCUACCUCUUGGAGAAGUCUCGCAUCCUCAGACAAUCUGCUGACGAACGUUGUUUUCAUAUCUUUUAUCAACUUCUCAAAGGAGCUACUAUCGAUCAACGUGGUGCGCUUCUGCUUGAGCAAAGUCCAAAUAACUAUAAUUUCCUCUCCAACGGCGAUAUAUGGCAUACCAGGUGUUGA